AUGAUGCAGCCGGCGGAGCAGCCGGGGACCCCCGCGCGCGUGGCCCGCAGCGGCCGCGCCGUCCGAAGGGCCAUCGUCUGCCUGCCCAGCAGCGCGCGGACGGCGGGGCCGUGGCCCCCCGAGGAGGCGCCGGACAGCGGCCCCCCGCGAGGCUUCGCGUCCAUCACCAUCACGGCCAGGCGCGUGGACACGCCGGGCAGCUCCGCGCCCUGGGGGGCCGCCGGGGGCCCGGCCCCGCGUGCGCACCCCGAGGCCCGCGCAGAAGCCUCCAGAAGCUGCGCCGCCGCGGGCCGGCCGGGCCCGGGUGGGCGCUGGGAGCGCGGGGCAGCCCGCGGGGACCACCGAGGGGACGGCGGCUGCCCCGCAGACGGCGCCCGGACCGCGCUGGGCCCGCUGGUGUUCAGCUCCUGCGUCCACGUCAGGGUGUCCCGGCAGGGGCCCGGCCCGGUGUACCGGCUGGACGCGCCCCUCUGCGCGCCCCUCUGCGCGCCCCUGCCGCAGCCCCGCGGUGCCAGCCCCCUGCACCGCUCCGUCCUGUCGCUCAGCCUCGGCUGCAGUUCCCCGAGCCUGGCACCAGAUGGCGGCGGCGGCCCGGCCAGCGGAGGGCCAGUGGGCCGCGCCCUGCCCGGGGGUCCCCAGCGCUGGCCCCCAGGUCUGCAACAGAGUUUACUGCAAGAACACCCACCCUCCGGCCAGGGGCGGCUGGGGACCGGCACGUGUCCUUGGAGGUGCUGCCUGGCAAACACAGACUCCACAGGUGCCCAGACCAGCCCCGUCGCCGGAAGACCAGAGCCAGCGGAGAAGGACGUCUGCUGUCGCCCCAGCGGCCACUCCGGCCAGCUGUCCAUCCACAUUCCCGGCUGGAGCUACGCGGCAGUCGAAACAAAGGUACUUUCUGGAAGCAACGAGAAAGAGCCAGCUAACCCUCAGGAUGUGCUGUCUGCCGCCCCCGUGGCCCAGACCCAGGAGUCAGGGGGGCGUCUCCCCGAGGGCUCUGGAGCUCCAAGCAACAGUGGUCAGGCCCGCUGCCCCCCGGGGCCUGCAGGGAGCCAGGGCCACGGCCUCAUGCGUCCCAGAGCCCCUUUACCUGGCUGCCUUUGCCCUUCGCGAGGGACAUGCCCGGCCCCCCUGGAAGACCCUGGUGUUCAGGUAGAAAGAGAAACCCCCGAAGGAGACUACACCUGCUGUGACCUGGUGGUACAGAUAAAGGGGUGCGAGAGGAGUCAGGGUGUCCCCAGGCCCGAGUCCACGCCGCCGCCCCCAGAGCCAGAGGCACCCAAGCAGACUGGAGCCCCCGAGAGCCAACAGAGGGCCACAGGUGCCCUGACCCUGCAGGAGGCGCUGCUCGCCCGGUGCCCGCAGUUUGUGUCACGCUCGCAGGAGCGGCUGAAGCAGCUGGAGCAGAAGGCGCAGCAGAGGAAGGCACGACGGGAGGCAGCGCCCAAGCAGAGCCUCCAGCCCCUGGCGCAGAGGAAGCAGUUCACCGUCCCCCAUCCUCUCAGCGAUAACUUAUUCAAGCCCAAAGAAAGAUGCAUUUCAGAGAAGGAGAUGCAUUUGCGAUCUAAAAGAAUCUAUAAUAACCUGCCGGAAGUGAAAAAGAAGAAGGAAGAACAGAAGAAACGGGUCAUCCUGCAGAGCAACCGACUCCGGGCUGAAGUCUUCAAAAAGCAACUGCUGGACCAGCUCCUCCAGAGGACGGCCGUCUAA